CUAGAAGGCACUGGUUGAAUGCUUCUGUUUCGCGUCGCGUGUCGUCACUCUCGUUUUAGGAUGGACCUCAGCAGCUUCCAGCGCGGUUGUAUUUUUUCUUCAGCUGCCCGAUAUCGCACUGCUACAAGGACUGCAAAAUGCCACAGGGGGGCGCCUAUAGUCCCACCUGUUUUUCUGCUGAACAAGAUGUGACAGAAUUGGUACAGGAGUGCAAUGCGCAAAGCAGCGCCGUUUCAUUUCAAUCCCUUCCUCAGUGUCAGUACAGUACCAGCCACUUGAUUAUCCAACCUGGUGUAAGAACUCCUAGAACAAGGCAUCCCAGAGGAGGUACAGUAGUGGUAGGAAGAAAAACUGGAGUCCCUCUGCACAUCGGUUCGGCUGGGAACUGUACAACCAUCUCAAGGGGUACAUCAUGAGCUCGGAGCUCCAGAGGCGGGCCAGCCUGAAAUCUAGCCCAAUCCGAACCUUACUUGCUUCUAGCUUGUUUCCUCACUCCUCACACAGGCUCUGCUCUGCCUGUGUACUGCUGCCUCGAGAAACGUAGCACAACGUUGUUGCUCUAAUUGCAAGUCAUUCCAAAAAACCAAAACAAAAAACCGCUGUUGGGAGGUCCGGAAGACAUAGAUAGUAAAGCUUCUGGCGUAGUAAUAAGCCGGGGAAUUCAAGCACAGGCUUUAAGCGACGCUGCUAGCAGGCGUGAGAAAGUGAGGAAAGUGAGGGGUAGAAAGGGAAGAGGCGAAGGAAGAGGAGGGGGAAGAAGAGAGGGAAGGGGAGAGGGAAGAUGGGAGGGACGAGGAGAGGGAAGAGGAGAGGGAAGAGGAGAGGGAAGAGGAGAGGGAAGAAGGGGGGACAGUACCUUGUCACCGGAGAGCGGAAAAAGGGCGCAUUCCAGGCGAUACGAAUUGCAGAAGAACCGAGACUGGCUCGCGUUUACACAGUACCUAAAGAGCCAUAGACCCCCCGUGUCCAUUUCCCACUGCUCGUCGCACCACGUCAUUUCUUUCAUGCAACACCUUGACCAAUUCGGCAAGACCAAGAUCCAUCAUUUCAGCUGCCCGGCUUUUGGCUCCAGUGGGGCCCACACCUGCACCUGCCCGGCGAAACAGGCCUGGGGGAGCUUGGAUUCGCUAAUUGGCCGGCUCCGGGCAGCGUAUGAAGAAAAUGGGGGUAGAUUGGAGAAUAACCCCAUUGGUGGGAGUGUGGUGAGGUUUUACCUGCGUGAAGUAAGAGAGCAGCAGGAGAAGGCUCGGGGAAUAGUCUAUGACAAGAAGCGAAAGAGGAAGCAGCAGCAACAGCAGCAGCAGCAGCAGCAGCAGCAGCGGUGCCAGCAGGGCCUGAAUGGGCAGCAAAUUGCCUUAUCGCAGAAAAGUGAUCAGCCGCACCAGCCACACCAGCCGCAGCAACAGCAGCAGCACCAGCAGCAGCAGCAGCAGCAACAACGACAACAACACCAGCCACAGCAGCAGCAGCAGAGGGAGCAGCAGCAGUCACAGCUAUAUCCUAGUGGUAUCCACAGGGAACGCAGCAGCAUUAUCAGUCACUCUACAGGUGGCCCUACUGUUUCUGCUUCUGCUGCUGCGGUUGCUGCACCUAGUAGUGUUGCUGGUGCAGCUGCAUCUGCUGCUGCUGCUGCUGGUGCGGCGGCUGCUCCUGUCUCUAGUGCCUGUCGUGCUGAUGCCACCACCACCACUACUGCUACCACCACUGCUGCAGCUUCUGCCACUGCUGCCGCCACUGCUGAUGCUGCUGCUGCUCCAGCCACAGCAAGGGUGCGGACCCAACCCGAUCUGGCAAAUCCUUUGCUGCUGCAGCACAAGAGACUGUUGGAAGUCCUCGCGCAAAGUGAGUUGCAACAGUUCGCGGCAUCAUGUAGGGAGAGGGUGGAAGAAGCGGCGCUGAGGGAGAGGGUGGAAGGAGCGGCGCUGAGGGAGAGGGUGGAAGGAGUGGCAGCACCUGCAAGCGCAGAGGGGGCUAGAGUCAGCCAGCCUUGGACGAUUGCGGAGAUGCUUCUUCAGCCUCAGUCCCUGCAGCAGCAGCAGCAGCAGCAGCAGCAGCAGCAGCAGCAGCAGCAGCAGCAGCAGCAGCAGCAGCAGCAGCAGCAGCAGCAGCAGCAGCACCAGCUCCAGCACCAGCAGCACCACAACGAGCAGCAGCACCGCAACCAGCAGCAGGAGCAGCAGCAGCAACACCACCACCACCACCACCACUACCAGCAGCAGCAGCAGCAGCAGCAGCAGCAGCAGCAGCAGCAGCAGCAGCAGCAGCAGCAGCAGCAGCAGCAGCAGCAGCAGCAGCACCACAACAACCACCACCAGCAGCAGCAGCAGCAGCAGCAGCAGCAGCAGCAGCAGCAGCAGCAGCAGCAGCAGCAGCAGCAGCAGCAGCACCACCACCACCACCACCACCACAAUCAGCAGCAGCACCAGCACAAGCACCACAACGAGCAGCACCACCACCACAACAGGCAGCAGCAGCAGCAGCAGCAGCAGCAGACUGAUUCUGGUGCUUUGAUUGGUGAGCUGCUGCUGAAUCAAGGAGCACACUCAAGCCUAUCAUCAGGGCUUGAACAACGUCUGCAAUCAAUCCAAUCAUCAAAGCUUGAUCAAGGGCUGGGAUCCAUCCAACCCUCAAGGCAAGAUCAAGGGUUGGGAUUAAGCCAAUCCGUGUUGGGGUUCAAUCUCGGCCGCAGCUUAUGCGCAACUGCAGGCCUAGAUCAGUUGCUUAUCCCAAGACAAUCCCUAGGUCAAGAGUGGAGGUCAGGACAAUCCCUAAGUUUCACUUCUGAGCUGCAGGCAAGCCCAAUUCCAGGUUCUAAUGACUCAGCCCUGGGAGGUUUGGGAUCAACAGGUUUGUUGUCUACACAAUCCCUAGGCUUUAACAUGGGCAUGGAUCAACAGCUAGGAUUAAGCCAGCCUCCGGGGGAGAAUCUGGGCAGUAGACUAGCAAGCGUGAGUGGCGCUGCUACGGGAAUGACAGUAGAGACUGGACUCAGUUUACCUCUCAGUUCAGAGACGUUAGAUGCUGACAUCACUGCACCUCUCAACUCCGGUAAUAGUAGGUCCCCGUCACUGGGUGGCAGUGCAGCAGCGCAGCAUUUCUCCCACCGUUCAGGCUUGCUCGGAGGAGGGGGCUCGUGGGCCGGUGGGGUCUCGACAGGAGGGAUCUCGACAGCUUGGAUCUCGACAGGUGGGAUCUCGUCAGGUGGGAUCUCGGCAGGUGGGGUUUCCACAGGUGGUGUCUCAACGGGUCGGGUCUCGACAGGUGGUGGUGACUUGACGGGAUGUGGACUCACAACAGGUGGCGGUGAGUUGAUGGGCGGGGCAGGGUUGGUGGGAGCGGGUCUGUUGGAUGUCACAGGUGGCUUGGCUCGUCCUUCCAGGGGUGCACAGCAGAUGGGGCCUCCUCGAGCCGUGGGGGAGGGUUCAGCAUUUGAGUCGCCUCAAGUGCAGCAGGUGGGGUGUCAGGCAAUGGGGGAGAGAUCAGGGGGGAUACAGCAUGUGGCUGUUUUUGAGGCGCCAAUAAAAGCUCAGCACAUGGGGCGUCAAGCCAUGGAGGAGAAUUCAGGGAGGCAAGACCAGGUGGUGGAGAGGGUUCUGGAGCGGAAGCUAGAACAGCAGCCGAGCCUGCAGCAGCAGCUGCUCUACUACUACCAGCAGCAGCAGCAGCAGCAGCAGCAGCAGCAGCAGCAGCAGCAGCAGCAGCAGCAGCAGCAGCAGCAGCAGCAGCAGCAGCAGCAGCAGCAGCAGCAGCAGCAGCAGCAGCAGCAGCAGCAGCAGCAGCAGCAGCAGCAGCAGCAGCAGCAGCAGCAGCAGCCUCAGCAGCAGCAGCAGUGGCAACAGCAGCAGUGGCACCAGCAAGCCCAGAAGCUUCAGGUGGUUUCUCAGGUGCAAACAACAGAGGAGCUGCAGGCUCAGAUCCAGCAGCUUCUAACAGGUGCUGGCUCUGGGGGGAUUAGUCAAUUGCCGAGAAACCUUCAACAGCAGCAGCAACAGCAACAACAACAGAAACAGAAACAGAAACAGGAACAGCAGGCAAAGCAGGAACCUGUUUGAAGUGGUGAGGCCAGCUGCAAGGAACCUAUUUGAAGUGCUGGGGUCAGCAGCAAGGAACCAGCAGGCGAAGCAGGAACCUGUUUUGAGGCGCCUCAAAAUCAGAAAGGAUCGGGGGAGAGGCAGGAGCGUGGAUCAAGUGCAAUUUUCAGAGGGCUUUGGCGCCAAGAGGGGAAGCGGGAGCGCGUAUCAAGCACUGGCAGUAUUGGUGAUACCAGUGAUGGGAACAGGGGGAAGCAGAACCGGUGCAUCUGUGUCAAGUGCUGGGUCAGCAGUAGUGAGGCGCCUCAGAAUCAGAAAGGAUUGGAGGAGAGGCAGGAGCGUGGAUCAAGUGCAAGGGUCGGAGGUCCUAGGCACCUAGAGGGGAAGCGGGAGCGCGUGUCAAGUGCUGGCACUAUUGGUGAUACCUGUGAUGGGAACAGGGGGAAGCAGACACACUGGUGCAUCUGUGUCAAGGGCUGGGGUCAGGGUUUGA